GCCUCUUUUGUGGCAUGUAAGCUAAUGUUUGUUUCUUGUUUUGUUUUUUAAUUUCAUCUCUAAAACAUCAACAAGCGAAACAAAAAUGGACUCAAAGGAACCCUCUCUAUAUGCACCUGCAGGCCCAUCAUUAGAUAUGUCACGAAGCAUAGAGGAGGACUCUUUGGUGGACGGACCGCUGAUCUCUGCAGACGCCCUCCACUCUGCCAUCAGGAGAGAGUUUCAGACUUUACCAACACCCUGCCAUGCCAGUCUGCUAUCUGUGCUACAUGUUGUGUACGUGGUGUUAUCAGUGUGUUUGGCCGUGCUGUGUGUGUUGGAAUUCGGCCAACAGGAGGUGUGCAUGAGUAUUUUGGGUAACGUGCGAGGCGACAGUGUCAUUGUGUUUGGGAAGGUGUGUUUGUGGGUGCUGGUGCUGUUGUUCACUGGGUGUGUGCAGCACCACCACAGCCAGGCCAGGAGCAGAGGAUACCUGCGAUUCUACAGACAGAUGCAGGGACUGAAGCACCUGCCACUCACCGUGCACUCCACAGGAAAUGUUAUGCUGCUGGUUGUUUUGGCUGCACCUUUGUCAGCAGUGGUGCACACCUGCAUGCUGCUCAGCGUCCUGGGAUUGGAGCUCUUGGUGGCAGUGCCGUGCCUCAUCUAUUACACAGUCCAGGUGAUGCGGUUCAACAGGGCACGAGCUGCACCAGACGUGAGCCAAGAGGAGCAUUCACACAACUACAGUGUCACAAGUCUGCCGACUGAGACUGGCUUCAGAGAGGGCUCCAAUCUGGAGGAGGUGGUGGAGAAGCAGGCCGACCUGAUAGAGUACCUGAAACAACACAACACCUUACUGAGCAAGAGGCUGCUCAACCUCACCGCGCAGCACUGACCACAGUCCAGCCUUCUCCUCCUCCCUGUGAACCAGAGCCGGAUCAUUUUAAAUCUCCGCUCUCUAAACACAAAGGAGAGGAGGAUCUGUGGGUUUGAAAGAGAGGACCAGAAGGCAGAAGAAACACUGGAUAAAAGACUAUCCCUGUGCACACAAGCACCUGUGACUUAAGACGGGAAGGCAUCUCCAUGAGGCACCUGUGAUGGACAGAUAACGCAGGAGGUGAGCUGUAAGUGGAGGACAGUUAAAGAGGGGAGGAGGAGGAGGAGGUGGCGUCAUGGGUCACAGAUCAGAGGUGAGGGGUUUUUAUCACUGUGUUACGGCCCCUGGUGACCCACGUCUGUCGUCGCAUGUGUUACUGUGAGAAACAGAAGGGGCGAAAUUUGUUUUAGAAAUCAUCUGCACUAAGGAGUAACUGGAAGAGAAGGGAGAGGUUAUCACUUGUCAGGGUCAAACUAGAGAAAGAGUUCAUAAAUGUUUCUAAGUGCUAUUUUAUCUGUCUGAAUGUGUAAAUUCUUUGUUUGGUACCAGUUUUUCUUUCGGCACAAUCAUUGAGUUUGUUUGUUGGUGGUCAGAUUCCAAUAAAUAUGUAAUAUGCA